AAAAACGUAACGAGAAAGGAAGGCAGAGAGAGGGAAGCGAUCCGAUGCUCUGUUUCUGGUCUUCCAGCAGUAACAAGCAAUAUUUCACAAGGAGCUGCGUUGCCAUCUGAGAAGUAAAAACCCCACGAAGGUUUCGAGACGUUUUUUUUUUUUUUUUUUUUUUUGGACUCGGCUGCUUUCUUUGUGAAACCUUUUAAUCAAAAAUUUUUUUUACGCCACUCUGCAAACAGUCACAACUCGCCGCUCGCGUUCUGCUUUUGUUCAUUUUGGUUUUGAGAGACAUAAAACCUCACUGGUUGGCACACGUUUCGGAUUUUCAGCUGGUUUUUCCCUUGCCCGUUUGUGACUCUGACUCUGCCGGAGCGGAUCGGACAGGAGGAGAGGAGCUGUCCGGUGCUGAAACAUGCACGGAGUUAAAUACCAAAAACCUACAACAUAAAGCAAACAAACAGGAGAAAACGGACAUUUAUAUUUUCCAUUUACGACCUACUGGAGUUCCACUGGUCUUCCAGAGCUAAGUUUUAACUAUAAAACACUUUUUUGUUGUUGUUGUUGCUGAAAACAAAGAAGCACAGGAGAAACACUAAAAAUAAUGCCUCUACUUUUGAAUUCGACGCUGUAGGAAGCCAGGAGAUUAAAUUAUAUGCGAAAAAUCAACUGAUUCCCAUCACUGGGUGCAGAGUUAAGAGGAUUAGGAAAGAGAAGAAAAGCGUGUGUUAAUCGUAUGAGCGCAGGAGCAGCGACUGUCCCACCAUGCCUCGGUCUUUCUUAGUGAAGAAAGUCAAACUGGACGACUUCUCUGCUGCUGCACUGGAGACCUCCUACAGCCGGAGAGAGGAGCUCAGUCUGCGGUUCCACAAUCAUGACAAAGGUUACGUCAGUGAUUAUCUAAGCCCGAAUCCCUAUGAAGAUGUGGUGGGAAGUGAUUCCUCAGUCAUCUCUAAAGUGCCCUCUCCGAGCCACUCAUCAAUCAUCUACGGCCACAUAAACAACACCUAUUCAGGUAUCCACAGCGACAUCCAUGGGGACUCGGACCAGCCGGACAGUCCGAGGUCUGAGGUCUCGUCCUCAGCCGGCGGGUACAUUAACGGAGACGCCGCCGUGAGCGAAGGAUACUCAGUAGACGCGUUUUUCAUCAUGGAUGGACGGUCACGAAGAAAAGCAGCGGCAAACCCACGAGGGGCGACCCAGAGGCACACAUGCAGCGAGUGCGGCAAAACCUACGCCACAUCCUCCAACUUGAGCCGACACAAGCAGACGCACAGAAGCAUCGACAGCAAGAUGGCCAAGAAGUGCCCGACGUGUGGGAAAGUGUACGUCUCCAUGCCUGCCAUGGCAAUGCACCUGCUCACCCACGACCUCAAGCACAAGUGCGACGUGUGCGGGAAAGCGUUCAGCCGACCGUGGCUGCUGCAGGGUCACAUGCGCUCGCACACCGGAGAGAAGCCCUUCGGUUGCGCGCACUGUGGGAAAGCCUUUGCUGACCGAUCGAACCUGCGUGCCCACAUGCAGACUCACUCAGCCUUCAAGCAUUACAAGUGCAAGCGGUGCGACAAGACAUUUGCGCUCAAGAGUUACCUGAACAAGCACUACGAGUCUGCGUGCUUUAAGGGGGCUUUUUCCCCUCUGAGCUCAUUGAGUGAAUAAGAGACUCUGAAAGCACAUCUAGGGUUUAUUUACUUAACUUACAUCCAAUUUCGUCUGCUUUACUCCAAAAGAUUAACCAGAGUGCAACAAAGGAGAAAUUUUUUUUUUCUGGUUUCGGAAACCUCUCAGUUAUUUUUAUUUGAAGGUUUAUUAAAAAGUUUGAGAGAACCUGAUAGGAUUUAUUCCCCAGUGAGGUAAACUAAAGCACAGCACAUCUAGAACAUUAUACUUUGAGAUCUAUUUGUGUCUAUAUCAAUCCACGUCAGAUGUUUUUCUACCAACGAGGAAACGACACAAAAGCACAAUGGCUCCUCCACGUCUCUGUCUCUUCUCAGAGUUUAUGUGAUCAAGCACAGAAUCCACCGUCUUAGCAAAUCUUUUUCAGCUUUUUUUAGACACAAAGAUUCAUAAUCUAAGGAUAAUUCUUGUGUCCUGUUUUCAGUGAAACUGAAGCUUACAAGAAAAUGCAAAGGAAUCAGAAGAAUAAUCAGUGUUCUGCUUUUUAUGGUAAAAAUUACGAACAAAAAUGAAACUCAUGCAUUAUGUAGAUUAAUUACACGUGGAGUCAUAUAUAUAAAACAUUUUGAUGACUGUAGUAUGAAGAGAAUGAAAACCCAAAAUUCACUUUCUCAUAUAAUUAACAAAAAGUGAUUUUUCAUGGUGAAGUGUAAGUUUUGGCCUAAAAAAUCCUGGUAGACUUUAUAAUUACACUUCAGAAGCUGAUUGUUCACAUAAUGAUGCCAGCAUCCAAAACUGAGUGGAAGGAAAACAUUUAGCAGAAAAUUGUGCACAAGUAACACAGUAUGGAUUUAAUUUGAGAUAAAUCACAUUCAUCAUAAUGAGCAGAAAUAGGAAUUUUAAAUUUGCUAUAUUCAGACAGAUCAUUGAAUUCAGGUGUUCCAGUAACUUCCAUGGCCAGAGGUGUGUGAAAUCAAAAUGUACAAACAAAUUAGUGUAUAUUGUUCUCUGUGUAAUAAAUCUAUACAUUAUAUGAGUUUCACUUUUUAAAUUGAAUAGCUAGGAACAACUUUAAGUCCGUUAAUUGAGUCAGAGUAUCUAUUAUAUUCUCUUACACUACAACAUGCUUUCAUCCAUGGUGAAUCGUUGAACCACAAUGAAGUGUGAAAACAAGUAAGACCCACUUUUCCUAAAAAUGCAUUGAAAAUAUAGAAGUGACAGAAAAAACCGUUAAGUUCUUUUUAAUAUUUAAUACUAAUUGGCUUCUGAAUAAUAGUAACCUCUAGUUAAAUAUGAGCACAAAACACAAAGUAAGCCAUCAGGCGGCUCCAAAAUGAUGUUCUCUUAAUGCUUAAAUCUAAUGUUUAUAUGUUUUUUUUCACUAUUCAUUUGUCAUUGUUCAAAAGAAAUAUGGACAUUAAAAAUGUCUGUCUUUCCUUUAAUAAGGUUAAACCUUUUCCAGUGUUAUGAAAUACAUUUUUUUGCAUUUUAUUUAUUUAUUUAUUUACUUAUUUAUUUAUCUUGUAUUAUUUUGCACUUUAUUGCAGCAUUUUGCCUUUGUUACAAAUAUGCCAAAGCAUUUGACACUUUGUAAACGUUGAGUACCUUUUUUAUUUUUGCCACUUUAAGUAUCCAAAACGUUUGCAUGCAAAAAAAAAGGAAAAAAAGCUGUCUAAAUAACAGAAACUAUGCCAAUUUUAUGAGUAUUUUUUUUUUAUAUAUAUUUUGCCAAACUGCUUAGAUAAGAGGCAAAUGAAGCAGCUUUUCUGACGUGGGCAAUAUUCCGUUCACAUCCGACUGAGCAAUAAUGCAUGAUAUGUUCAAAGAAGCGCUGGUCAUAGAUGCUUGUAAUUUUUUUAAACGUUCAACUACGUUUAUUCUACAUAGUUGCAAGAAGUUAAAUUUCAGGGAGUUAGCGAACAAAAGCGUUGAAUAAUAGAUGGGUUAGGAUAAGAGCUCUUAAUUUACAGGAACUGCGUUUCUGUUGUGACUCCAGGGAAAUUUUUCUGGACUUUUUCCUAAUUGGGGAUUCUUUAAAUAUUUACAAUAAGACCUCAGCAACGAAAAUUAUUUAAUCUCUGUUACAAAGCCUGCUUGUCAAAAUUAGAUGAUGGGAUCAUUAGCUUUUUGAUUACAUUAGUGUUACUACAAGCUAUUAGAUGCUGCUGGGAUUCACAGAAAUGAAUCAGCUCCUUUAUUUGGAGAGCUCUGGGUUGGGUUGGGUCGGGUCUUUUUGUACGUGGGUUUUUGCACUGCCUGACUUGUAUUAAUAUUCUAAAAUAUUGUAGAAAGUAGAACGUAGAUCUCUGGUGCUGAAACAUGGAUGAACGUGAACUUCUGUCGCACUGUAUUAGGUUACAACCACAACUUUUUGGUGUGUUUUAUUGGGAUUUUAUGCAAAGUUAUGAAGUGGAAGGAACACAAUACAUGCUUUGUAGAAAAACUUUUUGCUAGAAAAAACCCCAAAACAAUUAAAAAGUUGCUUUUUGGCGUAUCUGUACCACAUUUACACAUCUAAAUACUGAAAUACCGUCUAAUUCUUCUUUGCAAAGUAGCUGAAACUUCAUCUGACCAAACUGAAUGUAAAUGAGCAGCAACUUUCAAGUUUUGCCACAGAUUCUUGAUUUUUGUGGUUCAACUUUGAUUGGGGUAAUUCUAACAUGGCUAUAAGCCUUGAUCUAAACUUGUGUAUUUAGGGUUGUUGUUCUGCUGGAAGUAAACAUAUUACAAAGUAUUUUUUGGUCUAGUUUCUAGUUAUCUUAUCACACUUGGAAAAAAUACAAAAGUUACUUAUGAGUAAUUUUUCAGCAAGAAAUAAGAGCUUUUUUAAAGUCAGUAUUAAGUAUUUGUUGCAAUUGCAGAUUAUGUCACUUACAACAAGGGGAAAAUAUCUUGUCAUAAGUGAAAUAAUCCACCAAUUUAACUGGAGCUUUUGCAUCAAUAUUAAGGAAUUACUAACUUAAAUGCUUAAGACCUGCUCUGUUUCAUGUAUGAGAUGCAUGUCUGAUCUGUUUUCUGUCACACACAAUAGUUGGGAAGUAGGCUAAGAAAAGCUCAACUUAGUGUCAAAUGAACAGGUUAUAUUGUUUUUUUACAUCUGAUGACGCCCUGUGCUGCUCCUGGUAAACCAUCAGGAGUUCUUGAGGUUUUCUGUCGUAAAAUAAAGGUAGAUAAAGUUUACGACUAAAACAUAUCCUGUCCACAUCUUCUCUCACCUGAGCUGUGACUCUGUGAAGUUCUUCCAGAUUCACCAUGGGCCUCUUGGCUGCUUCUGACUAAGAGUCUCCUCCAGUCCGUUAGCUUUAGAGCUUGACCAUGUCUGGGUAGGUUUCUGGAUGUACCGGCCUCUUUCCAUUUUUGCAUGAAUGAAACUUCUCCAUCACUUCUUCCCUGGCCUGUCUGUUGUGCUACUGUUGUUUGUUCACCAACGUUAUCAAGCAAAGCCUCUGAGAUUUUCACAGAAGAAGUGUAUUUAUACUAAGGCUGGUAACGUUAACACGAGAUUAAUAUUAAAAUUGUAAAGCACAUAUGUCACAAAACUUAGAUUAAUCAACAAUAUUUUGACCUAAAAGCCAUACUUUUCUGGGUUUCUCCAGCAGAGCGUUAUGUAGUUCAGCAGCACAUUGUGGUCCUGACACAUAGGGUGUGAUAAACGACAACGAAAGAUGAAAGUUUAACAAAAGUUGAACAUCUUUCAAGUUUCUUGUGUUGCAUCACUAGCCCACAUGUGCACCCCUAUGCACACAAGCUACAAAUUUCACAUGUACAAAUUACGCCGGUGGUUUACCUGGAGGAGGACAAGCGACCGUCGCCUCAACGCACAAGUUCCGUUGGAUAUUUAACGUUUACAACAAAAUGACUUCCUGUAAAUCCUCCUGAAUAUAAAAACUUGAAAAACUGAGAAUCUUCAGACAUGUUUGGUUUGGGACAAUAAAAGAUUUUUUGAAAAUGUGCAUACAGGGUUAGGUUCAGAUCUUUUCUGUCAGUUUUCCCCUGAACAAGCUUCCUACUCCUGGUAUACGUGUGCAGUGGCGUACGUUUCCCUUAGUUGCUGUAAAGUACUGGGAGACAUCACCAGCUUUCUGCAGCUAAAAAAACCAAUCAGAUAAUUUCUUACGUUUUAACAGGUUAGACUGCGGCCAGACAGACUUGUACAAAUUUGUGCGUGUUUAUAUUUCAAGAUUACAAAGUUAGGCAUAGUGAUUAAUCUUUAAUCAAAGAGUGCGAUUAAUCUGGUACUUUUUAAAUCAACUGGCAGAUGUAAUUUAUACUGAGAUUAAAUUACAAAUAGGUGGAUUCUGUUUGCUAAUUAAGCGGCUUCCCACUCAGUUGAACUAGAUUUUAUUUAGUGGUAUCGGAUUUAAGAUGAGAAAAUACAAAUCCCUAAACUAAUUAGAACAUUUUUAUUUAAUAAAAACAAAAAAAAACAAUGCAUGUAUCUUUCUUUCCACUUCAAUUAUUUUCCAGUUAAGCCCAAUUUAAUGUUUGUUUACCACAUAAAAUUCCCAUAAAAUGUAUUAGAGUUUGUGACUGUAACAUUACAGUGUUAAGAGUUCAACAAGGAGCAACUUUGCAGACGGUUUGUGCAGAUUGAGGUUCUCUGAGUCUUUGAACAGAUCUGAGACUUUGAGACAGAUUGGACUUUUUUCAGAUCUAAACGUUAAAGUGUGUGACUGUAGACAGAAAUAUGUCUUUGCUAGUGUCUUUCUGUUUGAAUGUAACAACAGAAAGAGCAAACAUGGUCAAUAUUUCAGCACCAGAGAGCAUCUCUGAACACUUAGACUCUACUAUGAAUUACUGUAGCCUAUUAUAGCCAAAAGGUAGUUAAACUAUUCUUAUAUAAAAGCACUUCCUCUUACAAAUUAUAUCUCACAACUCUUUUUGAGUCAGAAACAGUAGCACAGUGAAAGAGUUUAGAAUCAGGUAGAAAAUGCCUUGUAUGUAGAAAUAACCUCCUUUUCCCUUUUCUAGUGUGAUGAAGAAAAUGUAAAAAAAAUAAAAAAUUCAAAACAAAAUAAUGCUGGCAACACACAGGCUGUACUGUCCUUUAAUAACAUGAGAAAAAUAUUCAACAAAAAAGAAAAGUGACACCUCCAGUUUGCAGAAUGCUGUGCCAUUUUUGGAAAUAUUUCUGAAAGCAUCAGCACAACACCUUUUUUAAGAGCAAACAAGAAUGCCUCUAUUUUGCAGCUAACGGCCUUGUACAAACGAACUGAUGUGACUUUGGAGUCGGACUAUUUCUACAGAUCUGUACAGUUAGGAUGACGACGAAGACGAUGAUAAUUAUUUUUACUGAAGCUUCCUGUUAUAAGCUCUUCCUCUGAGGUUUGUUUGGACCUCCAGUUGGAUUGGCGACGAUGUAAAGCACAAUGAAAACACUCAAAAUUGGUUUCACUUCCUAAAUAAAAGCUACUUUAAAGAACUGGAGUGUUGGGUGUUUUCAUGUAGAGUCAUGUUUCCUUCCUUAUCAUCUCGUCGUUGGCGUUCACCUGAAAUAUUUUCUUAUAGGCUUUAGAUCUGGGAUUUACUUUUUGUGUUAGUUUGAUUCUUUGUUUAGGUCGUCUGUGAUGACCCAUUUUCUGU